AAUUGUAUAUUAACACAACCAUAAAAUAAAAAAAAUAAAAAUAAAAAUAAAAAAAUUGCAAACAAAACUUCCUCCUAACGAAUUUACUGUUCCGUUUCUUUUGGUCUAUGAAUUGAAUCAUCACUUGAUUAAUAAAUUUACUUUAUUUUUGUUUAGAGUUUGUUUAACUGAUUUCUUGUAUCCACCAUACGUAGUGCUUCCCUCAACUUCACCACAGCCAAAACCAUGUUGACUAAAACGCGGGUUCUUGAGCUGCUGCUCGCCUUGCUGUUCGUUUCUGUUGUUCAUGCUCACAGCGUAAUCGUCAAGCCUCAGGAAAGACGUUGUUUGUAUGAGCAGCUUCACAAGAAUGACAAGAUGACUGUCUCGUACCAGACAAGUGUUGGAGGUGACCAGCUGGUAUCAAUGGGUGUCUACCGUGAUGACUUUAAUUAUCCCAUGUUUACUCAACCCGGCAGCAGCAUGGGUGAGUACUCCUUUGAUGCUCCGGAGGACGCAAAAUACAUCUACUGCUUUUACAAUGAGGGUCAUGAUAAUCAAGACAAAGAGGUUCUUUUCAACGUUCACGGUAUCAUCUAUGUGUCUGCCGACGAUCCGGACAAUCAAAAUGCAUUGGAACAAAAAGUGAAACAAUUGCACGAUACAAUUGCUCAAGUUCGUCACGAACAAGAGUACCUCGUCGCUCGUGAACGUGUUCAUCGCAACACGGCUGAAAGUACGAACUCUCGUGUUAAGUGGUGGAGCAUUCUUCAAGCAUUCUUGCUCGUUUGUGUUUGUGUGUUCCAAAUUUUCUAUGUCAAGCGUCUGUUCGAAGUCAAGCGUGUAGUAUAAACGGUAGCCUGUAACUGCUCAACGUUUUACUCAUCAGGUGCGUUGUGCUCCUGCGUGUCGUUCUCCUUGCAAAACCCUUUUUCACAACAUGUACACGUAAUGUAGCACAAUGCCCACUUCUUUCUCUCAACAGUCUCUCCUUAUAGGGUCACAUACUACAAUCCGUUCCUGUCACGUUUCCCAGCUAGCCGCUGACGCUCAAGAGCUAUGUUCCUUAAAAUAAAUAAUUAAACUAUGAACAAAA